AUGACGUCACCAGUAACAACAGAAGGUUACCAAUCAUUGAAGUUUAAAACAUGCAGUGACAUACCCUGUUACCCAGGUGUUCAUUGCACUGACCAUGAACAAGGAUAUAUCUGUGGAUCGUGCCCAAUAGGUCUGUCAGGAGAUGGAGAAAUAUGUGAAGAUAUCAAUGAGUGUGAGAGAUCAGCACCCUGUUACUUCAAAGCCCGCUGUAUCAACCUCGAUCCAGGCUUCCGUUGUUCGGAGUGUCCACUAGGGUAUACCGGUCCACCAAUUGCUGGUAUUGGAUUAGAAGAUGCAGAUCGCCUUCAUCAGGAAUGUAGGGACAUCGACGAAUGUAUCACUGACAAUGGUGGGUGCGUGGUCAACUCGGAAUGUAUAAAUACCAUUGGAUCGUUUUUCUGCGGUCAGUGUAGGGGUGGAUAUAUGGGUAAUCAGUCUGCAGGAUGUCUACCAAUCCAAAUAUGUCCUGACGGAAGUCCGAGUCCCUGUGAUAUCAAUGCGCAGUGUAUUCUUCGUAGUAGAGGGCGAUAUGCAUGUGUGUGUGAAGUUGGCUGGGCUGGCAAUGGUUAUAUGUGUGCACGUGAUUCCGAUAUCGACGGGUACCCGGAUGUAGGAUUACAGUGUGCUGACGACAACUGUAAAGCUGAUAAUUGUCCAUGGAUUCCUAACAGCGGACAGGAAGACGCCGAUCAUGAUGGCAUUGGUAACAUAUGCGAUGAAGACGCUGAUGGCGAUGGCGUACUCAAUAGGCCGGAUAACUGUCCGUUGGUGAAUAAUGCAGACCAGGCAGAAGAUGAUACAGAUGUUAUUGGUAAUGCAUGUGAUAAUUGCCCGGAUGUUCCCAAUCCGUUACAGUUAGAUUCAGACAAUGAUGGGAUGGGUGAUGAAUGUGAUGAUGAUAAGGACAACGACGGUAUUUUGAAUGUCAAUGAUAACUGCCCGAUAACCCCAAACUGGGAUCAAGAUGAUUUUGAUGGUGAUGGCGUAGGAGACGAAUGUGACAAUUGUCCGAAAACAUACAACAGUGACCAGAUAGACUCUGACGACGAUCUUGUUGGCGACGCGUGUGACACUGAUAAAGACAGGGACGUAGACGGAGUACAAGAUGACUUGGACAACUGCCCUGACAUACCAAACACAUCACAACUGGAUACAGACAGUGACGGGCUGGGAGAUGCAUGUGACAACGAUGAUGACAAUGAUGGUAUAACGGAUGAUGAAGACAACUGUCGUCUGAUACCAAACAGACACCAAGUAGAUUCGAACGGUAACGGAAGAGGGGACGUGUGUGAAUUAGACUUUGACAACGAUGGCGUUAAUGACGAUCGUGACGCAUGCCCAGAAGAUCCCAGAAUUAUUCAUACAGAUUUCCGGGCCUUUCAGUCCGUUAUCUUGGACCCUGAAGGCGAUGCCCAGAGUGAUCCCAAGUGGGUUAUUUAUGAUCAGGGUAGAGAGAUUAUAGAGACUGUGAACAGUGACCCCGGAAUUCUGAUUGCCUAUCCUGGUUUUGGUGGCGUCGAUUAUGAUGGCACAUUUUUCGUCAAUUCAGUCACUGAUGAUGAUUAUGCUGGGUUUGUAUUUGGUUACCAAGACAACAAGAGCUUCUAUGUGGUCAUGUGGAAGCAAAAGGAGCAGACGUAUUGGAAGUCUACUCCAUUCCGUUCUGUGGCUGAGCCUGGUAUACAUUUGAAGGCAGUAAAAUCAGUAACUGGCCCCGGCGAAACUCUCCGAAAUUCACUCUGGAAUACAGGAGACACCGAAGGACAGGUAACAUUGCUGUGGACUGACCCUCGAAACGAAGGCUGGAAGGACAAGGUAGCAUAUCGUUGGAAUGUCAUUCAUAGACCGGCAAUAGGGCUCAUAAGAAUCAAGCUGUAUGAGGGCGCUGUUUUGGUAGCUGAUUCUCGUAAUAUCAUUGACACUACCAUGCGAGGAGGUCGUCUGGGUGCAUUUUGCUUCUCGCAAGAGGGCGUCAUUUGGUCUCGGAUGUCAUACAAAUGCAACGAGGCGAUCCCAGAUGAUGUUCAAAUAUUGUAA